AUGUCGGUGCUUCCAACGACCCCAUCAUAUAACAAAGAAAACAAGUUCAUGACAGACAUCAAGAAAUUUAUGAACCAAAAGAUUCGCGUCAAGUUCGAUGGCGGUAGAGAAGUUGUUGGCAAUUUAAUUGGCCACGAUGCAAUCUUCAACUUAGUGCUGGACAAAACUGAGGAAUAUAUAAGAGACCCGAAUGACAGCUUCGUCAUAACGGAGAAAACGAGGAGCAUCGGUUUAGUCGUCGCCAGGGGGACAUCGGUACUGUCGUUUUUCCGGCACAUCGCGCUAAUAACGCCAGUAGACGGCACGCAAGAAAUCUCCAAUCCUUUCAUAUCGGAACAGAAGUGA